AACCGAGCCCCUGUUCACACCAGCAGUGGUGUGCCUGUGCCUACGCUGCCUGGACGUCAUUUGUUUGAACGACUGGUUGGUAUUCUUUGACUCUUUGUCGCUGAGACGCGUUGGCGUCGCUGGGAUCGUGUCACUUCUGCCUGUCGACGCGCCCGAUUCAUUCGGGCGUUUUGGUCGAUUCCAAACAUUUCCUCUUCGGUUGCCCGGCCAUCCAAUCCAUCCAUCCAAUUCAGGCAAGACGUCAUCUUUCUCCGAGUCUGUUGUCGAAACGACGACGGCAAAUACGAGAAUCGCCGCCAGUCUGCUGUUGUACCCUUCAGUCACGUAUACAUCGUCGGAAUCAUGAGCCAGUCACUGGUAGACUACCUCGUCGAAAACGAGCCUGCCUUUAGAAAAGCGCGGCUUCCUGCCCUCUACUCCGACUUCCAGACCCAGCGAACACUCAACCCAGAUGGCUACCAAGCAAAUGUCUCGGCAUGGCGGAGCGCUCUCGGCCACAUCGUGGGUUCCGGCCUGGCACCCGCCGGUCGCGCCGCCGCACCCAGCCUGUUCGUCCUUCAAUCGGAUGAGCAGCUUCUCCGCGCGCUCGAGUCAAAGCAGUACGGCAGGCCGCUUGCGCUCGGCGCCGUAGUCCGCGAAGCAAUCGCAGCCAAGGACCUCAUCCCACUGCGCGAGUUCCUCGACGCCAAGGAGAGCAUAUACCGCCGGCCGUGGUCCAUGUGGAACCUCGCCUCCUGGACGAUGAAGCAGCUCGGCGUAGCCGACAUGUUGAAGAACGACUCCCUCCCGCCAGGGCAGUUCGUGGUGGUCUCCAACGUGGAAGAAGCAGGCAAGACAUUCAGCGCCCAAAACGGCCCCGUCGCCGCCACGCAAACCCGCUUCGAGCGCACCUUCUCCAAAGCCCACUUCUACCAAACCUUCAACAACCAGCUCCUCGACGGCAAGCACCUCUCCGAAACAGACAUGGACGUCCUCCUCCUCUUCCUCUCCCGCGACAAAUCCGCCAUCCUCUACGACGGCACCACCGUCAAGAUCCGCCCGCCCGGCGCCGCCCACCAAGAACCCGCCGAGAUCACCCCGGAAGACACUUCCAUCGCGCAGCUCAAAGAACUGCUCACCUCCCUGACGCACCAAACCGCCCUGCUCAGCGCGCGCAUCGACCUCCUCACCGCGCAAGCCAAACAGGCCAUCGGCAAGUCCAACCGCGUGGCCGCCCUCGCCGCGCUGCGCUCCAAGAAACUCGCCGAGUCGACCCUCGAGCGCCGCCUCGCCACGGCGGGCCAGCUGGAGGAGGUCGCCGCGCGCAUCGAGCAGGCCGCCGACAACGUGCAGCUCGUGCAGGUGAUGGAGGCCUCCGGCGCCGCGCUGGAGGGCCUGCACGCGCAGGUCGGUGGGACGGAGAGGGUGGAGGAGGUCGUGGGCCGGCUGCGCGAGCAGAUGGCGGCGGCGGACGAGGUGGGGAGUAUCCUGGCGGAGUCGGCGGGCACGGUGGUGGUGGAUGAGGAGGAGAUUGAUGACGAGCUGGCGGAGUUGGAGGGCGAGGAGAGGAGGAAGGCGGACGAGGUGGAGAGGGUUGCGCGGGAGGAGAGGGAGAGGCAAGAGGCGGAGGAGAUGCGGCAGCGGUUGGAGGCUGUUGGGAAGGUGCCCGAGGGGGAACCCACGGCGGCAGAGAAGGCGGCAGAGAAGGAUAUGCAGGCGGCGGAGGACUUGAUGAGUAGGAUGUCCCUGAAGGAGGUUCUGGAUUCGUGAUGGAGACCCCCUCCCUGUGUGUUUGGUCGCGGGCAAAUGAUAUAGAGGCUAAUUCUAAUUUUCUUGAGUAGUGCAUGGAUGAGCAACAUGGCUGAGCAGCCAGUCCCGUUGACGCCGCUCCCAGGAAAGAAAGGACAGGAGCGGUAUUUCACACAUGUUUCUACUACGGCCACGGAGUUUGGGACAGCAUCUGGAUAACGCAUUUUCACGGUUCGGAUAG